AAAUAGGCUUUAGAUUCUGGAGAGAGAGAGAGAGAGAGAGAGCCCACAGAAACAGAGCCCUAACACUACUCUUUCAUUUCCAUUUUCCAUCUCUGCAACCCAAAACCCACCUCACAAUCAUAAUCCCUCCUGCUUUCUUUUUUCUCUUCUUCACCGAUCCAUCCGUCCGUCCGUCCGUCCUCCAGGGUUUCUUUGUUGGUUGUCUGGAUGUCUUGAAAUUAGCUCACUGAUUCGUAUUGUCUUUUGUGUUUGGAAUGAAGGGUUUUCGUGGUUUCUUCCGAAGUUGAUGGUUGCGACGGUGAUGCAUCUCAAGUUAGCCUUCAUUUUCAAGUCUGAACACGGGCAGAAGCAUUUGCUUCUUAUGGAUCUUUCCAUCUUUUCUUAGGUUUUUUCCUCUUUGAGAAGGGUAUAGUGAGGGUUUUAAGUUAGAAGAGACACAGUUGCAUGUUUUUAUUAUAGUGGGAACCCUCUGGUUAAAAUUGAGUACAGAAAGUAAGGUGCUCUGUUUUGGUGUUUCCCAAUUUGCUGGUUAUUAUGGUGCUUCUGUAUAAGAAUUGAAGAAAACCAGUUGCAUUAUUAAUUAGAGUUGGUUGAGGGCAAGGGUGCAAAAAUGCAAGAUAAGAAAGUUUUUGUAGUAGAAAACCCAAGCCUUAAUAUGGGCAACGAAGGGCAAGGUCCUCAGUAUAAAAUGGAAGUUGAAACCAAUGAGACCAGAAUUGCUAGUCGCCACAAUGAGAUUGCAAUUCUAAGUUCAGAUAAGGAUGGGAGAGGCAGUGGUGAUGAUGUAUUUUCAAGUGAAGCUCCACUGGUCAUUAAGGACUCUAGGAAAUCCAACAGAGAUGGAGGAUGUUGUAGUUGUGGAGCUAAGAAACUUAAAUCUAGAUUGGUUCCUACUGAUUCUGAGCUGGGUAAGAAUGAGAAAUCUGGGCAAGAAAAGAAGCUCUGUAGGCAAGACAGACUGGAGUUGAGUCGACUUUUUCAAGGUGCUUUGAGUUCCAAUGACUGGGAGCUUGCUGAGAAUCUGAUCUUGUUGGCAGAUCCACAGACUCUCAAUGAUGCAUUAUGCAUUGCUUUGGAUUCAGUUUGGUUUUUAAGCACCCAGCAAGAGUUGUAUGGAAUUACUAGAUUGAUUAAAAAGGUUAUAACUAAUGGUGCAUAUGAUUUCACAAGAGCUGCUCUGAGGACUUCAUUUCUUGCUUCCUGUGUUUCAGCAUGUCAGAGUCGAACUAUGAGUCUUGCAGAUACUGUAACUGUGAUGGCACAAAGGCUGCACGAAAGAUUGCAGGAAUGUAAUGGGGACGAAAUUUUGAAGGCAGAAGCUGGAGCAAAGGUUCAAAAGUUCACUGAAUGGGCUCUUAAAUGUAUAGGUUUUCACUCUCGUAGCCAGGGAAACAGGGAUAGAGUGGGUCAGAACUCUGCUGUGGAAAUCCAACUACAAUUGUCUGCUUUCAAGACCUUCCUCGAUCUUGCAGGAAACCACCUGACUGGAAAGGACUUUACAGAAGCUUUUGAUGCAGCUUGCUUUCCGCUUACACUCUUCUCUACUUCCUUUGAUCCUGGAUGGGCGUCAGGUACUUCUGCAAAUGCAAUCCAAGGUUUGCUAGCCAUGUUAGUAGAGGGUGGUGCAGACAAUGUUAAUCAAUGUUUUCUUGAAGCAUCGCGUUUUGGAAGCACAGAGCUUGUUCGUAUUCUAUUGCAGAUUGCUCAAAGGAAUAGCUUGGAUGUUGAUGUUGACCUGGCUUUGGGGUUUGCUUCGCACUAUGGGAAGAUUGGCACCAUGGAGUGUCUAGUGGAGGAGGGGAAUGCCAUGGCUUUCUUAGGGCCUUUGAUGAGGGCAGCUGAGAGGGGUUGCAUGCCGGUGGUUCAGUGGUUUGUUGAAAGGGGCUGCAGAGACAUGGAACUUUGUCUUGCUCUCACGGCUGCUACCUCUAGCAGUCAGGUUGAGGUUGCUGCUUAUCUCCUUCCUCAUGUCCCUAAGCAUAUCCUUGCUGCCUUGAGUAUUGAAAUUCUGAAGGCUGCUGCUGAGCGAAGUGGGAGAUCACUUGAUGGGGUUUCAUUUCUUCUUCGAUCGGACUUCCUGGGUGAACCUGCUGCUACAUAUGCUGUUGCAGACAGCAUUGCUAGAUCUAAUGAUGAGUCUGUUGCUCCUGAGCUCAGGGCUUUUCUUAAAGAGCAUUGGUCAGAGGCAGCUUUUUUGGAUGGAUUGAAGCAAGGACAAGAACAUUACAUGAACUUGGUAAGGAUAGUGAAAUGGGGCGAGUCUCCUAUUUGUUUAAGGGAUCUUCCGGGUCCCUUGAGGGUGGCAAUAGCAUACCUGCCGUUGUAUAGGGAGUGUAGGAAGGCAGGAGGCUGCUUGUUAUCUCAGAGGCGAAGAGGCCAGCUUGUGGAGGCGGCAAGAAGGCUUGGAGGUGUGGAAUUGGAAGAGGCAAGCCAAGGAAGGCAGCUACUGGCUGUGUUGGAGCAUCAUCUUCCUUCAUUUUUGCUCAACGCAUGAGAUGUUGCCUAGUGAAAUGGUUUUCUUUCUUUCUUUCCUUUUUUUUGUUUUUGGCUUUCCCCAAAAUUUUGGAUCUCCUUUUUCCGAUCCCUAUCGCUUGCUCACUGGCAUGCCUUCUCUAGGCAUAUAGUAUUAUAAUAAAAUGGUAGCUGAUCAAGCUGAAAGUUGGCAAAGUCCACAAGGUCUGCCACUUUUCUUCUUGCCUAGUUAUUUGAUGUUGUAUUAGGUAUUAGGUUUCUCGAAAUAUCAUACCUUCGAUGUGUAUGUUAACUUUUCAUGUACGUGCAAGAGAAAUUGCAUUCAGAAGGUCGGUAUUAUGAUAAUGCUCGUGUAUAUUUUCUGUCUAGUUUAA